AUGGUUGUCUGCACAUUGUCGCACCUGCUCUGCUUGCUUAGGAAUAUGAGCUCGUUAGAUGCCACACGAGCUGAGCUUGGCCUCGUUGUUCUGUACCUGAACAAAGCCGAGGCUCGGGACAAGAUCUGCAGGGCGAUCCAGUACGGCUCCAAGUUCAUAAGCAACGGGCAGCCUGGCACUGCGCAGGAGGUCGAUAGAUCGACCACCUUAGCUCGCAAAGUUUUCCGGCUCCUCAAGUGGGUCAAUGAUCUGCAUGCUCUUAUCAGCCCGCCGGCUAAAGGGACUCCUCUCACCCUCGUCCUGCUUGGCAAGUCCAAAAAUGCGCUGCUUUCGACGUUCUUGUUCCUGGAUCAAUUUGUGUGGUUAGGACGAACAGGGAUAGUCAAGAACAAGGAGGCGACGGACCGCGUUGGCAGGAUAUCCCUGUACUGCUGGAUGGCUUCUUCUGUCUGUGCAGGUCUAGUUGAGCUUGGAGAGCUUAAAAGGCUAUCGAGAUCAAUGAGGAAGCUUGUUAGAGAGCUGAGGGACACAGAUAAAUAUGAGAAUGAACAGUACCAGAACAAAAUGAAGCAGUCAGAUGAACGGCUCCUGGCCCUGGUCAAGGCGGCCAUGGACGUGGUCGUGGCCAUCGGGCUUCUUCAGUUGGCACCCAAGAAGGUCACUCCAAGAGUGACAGGAGCCUUUGGGUUCAUCACCUCGCUCAUCUCCUGCUAUCAGGAAUGGAAGUGCAAUGCUCAUGUUCCGUGUGCUCUAUCUACAUUCUACAGCAACUUCCUUCCCGCGCUCCGGUUGAAAAAGUCAAAGUUUGAGGAGUGUAGCCGUCCUAGUAGAAUAAAUGAGUCAACGCUGGAAAUUAUUGAUCUCUACUGCUUCAACAAUGGAUCUCCAGCAGUGGCCCUCAAAAUAGAGACCCCAAAUUGA